CAACCGCCAAAAAAAAAAAAAAAAACUGAAGAGAAGAAGAGAAUGUUUGUGGAAUGCAGCGCUUCAUUCAUUAGUGUCGAGGCCUUUCCCUCGCUGAUCAGGAUAUCCAGAACUCACCAUGGUGAAACUUUUCAUUGGCAACCUCACCACCAGUACCACGGUGGAAGAGCUGCGAGAACUCUUCGAGAAGUACGGCACGGUGACGGAAUGCGACAUCGUCAAGAACUUUGGUUUUGUGCACCUGAGCAGCAUGAGCGAGGCGAAGGAGGCCAUCAAGAACCUGCACCAGAUGGAGCUGCACGGCUCGAACAUGAACGUCCUCCUCAGCAAAGAAAAACCCAAGGCCUACACCAAGCUGCACAUCACCAACCUGAGUGAAGACGUGUCCGCUGAGCAGCUGCGGGCUCAGUUUGAGGAAUUCGGCACCGUGUUGGAGUGUGCUAUUGUGAAAAACUAUGCCUUUGUUCACAUGGAAAGAAUGGAGGACGCCAAGGAGGCCAUCAGUAAGCUGGACAACAGAGCUUUCAAAGGCAAGCUGAUGAAAGUACAGCUGUCCACCAGCCGUCUUCGCACCGCCCCGGGAAUGGGAGACCAUAAAGGCUGCUUUGUCUGCGGGAAACAUGGUCAUUGGUCCAAAAACUGUCCGGUUGAUAGAGACGGUGAUGGUGCCAGAAGUGGAAGCAGCCGGAUCCCCCCGCGCGGCAUGCCCCCCCCUCAAGCAGCAGAUUAUAUGAGUAACCCUGAGUACAGUUGGCCCAGCUACUCUGGCAGGCCGCCGCUGCCGCCGCCGCCGCGUCCGCCACCGCUGCCGCCUCCUCCUCCCAUUCACAGGUUUGGUGGUUACGGCUCAGACCUGCGSUAUCGGUAUCCCAGUCGAGCACUGGGCGUGUACACGGACAGGUCCCUUUACGACCGUGAUCGCCUCUACAGCAGUGUGGACUAUUAUGAGAAGUACAGAGCUAUGCCAUAUGCUUCCACCUAUCUAGAGGCACGCCGCAUGUCCCAUAUCCCUCCUCCUCCUCCUCUUCCUCCUCCACCGCCCGCUGCCUCCCUGUCCAAGCUCUCAUCCAGUGCAGCUCCUUAUGAGCGCCAGCGUCUGUCUCCACCCUCAGCAGCUGCUGUGUACUACACACAGGAGUACAGUGCCAUCGAACAAGCGCCGGCCUCCUCAGCAACCUAUUCCUACGAGCGAACAAGGYUGUCACCAGAAGCUGGCUCCAGGAGCGCCUAUCCUGUCCUACGGCCUAAGAAUCCUUACGCAGCACAGCGCUAUGCCCCGUACUGAAGCCACGGUCUUCUCCACCAAACCCUGCAGCUGCAGGAGGCCAUCCUCAGAAAUGUUCAGACUUCCAGGCUCGCUUACUCUGCGGAUUUUCAACAAACUCUUUAGCAAAGUUUCUCUUUUUCUACUUUUUAUCUAAAACCUUUUGUUUUACUUUUUAAAUUUUUUGACAUUUGAUUGGUUUUUUUUUUUCUUGUAUGAAUAUUUUUCAGGUGAAUGAGUGUGGUAUAAAUGUAUGGGUUGCUUGUAAUGCAAGAGUCUGAUUUUGUUCUUCUAUAUUUGAUGUGAUUUGACUUGAUGUCUGUAAAGGCAGGUUUGUUAGUUUUGAAGAAAAAAGACUUCAGGUAUUUUGUAAAACAUCUUAAAAGGAUUGUUUCUUCUAUGUGUAAAUGCGUGAACCCUUAAAUGAGCUGUUGGUUGAGAAUAAAAAUCAUUGACAUUUUCUCA